GGUACUUCUGAUUUUGGUGAGUGGUUCAAGUGGCAUCCAUUCACGAUUUUCUGAUCUAAUUUAUGGCCUCAAAUGAAGCUUCGAUUGAGGAUUUAACAAAACUGUUGGCGGAAUUCCAUGGUCCUUCAACCAGUCCAACUCGACGUCAGGAAAUACAGAUUUUAUUAGUAAAUUUUGAAAGUUCUCCUAAUGCCUGGUAUCAUGCAAUAUGUUAUUUAUCCAUGUCGAGAAACCAGUAUGUUGUUCUCUAUUGUCUAGGCGUUAUUGAGACAACUAUUAUUCGUCAAUGGUUACUUCUUUCAAAAGAUGAUAAGUUAAAAAUGCGUUCAUUUUUAAAAGAUUAUCUUCAUGAAAACGUAAUGGAUCAACCUAACUUCCUAUUAAAAAAGGCCGCAAAAUUACUAUCACUGACUGCUUGCUUUGAUUGGCCUGAUCAGUAUACUGAUUAUAUGGAGUUCCUCAAGUCUCAUAUCUUCAUUGAUUCAUCUAACAAUUCAACCAAUCUCAGGACAUCGUUGAUGGGUUGGUAUUGUCUCAAGUCUAUGUAUGAAUCAUUUUUAAAUCCACCAGAAAUGAUAAGUUAUUCAAAGAGGAAUGAGCUUCAAAAUUUUUUACGUAAAGAAACUACUACAUUCUGUGGAUUAUUGUGUUCGUUUAUUUCACAUUUAUGUGGCGAUGUUGAGUGCGGAAACUUAAUAAAUCUAUCGCAGUCUUAUUUAUUGAGACAAAAUUCCCAGUUGAAUCAAAAUAGUCAGCAUUCUCUUUGGCAACCACUUCUCAUCUUUUUAGAGUCUUUAGCCAGUGAUUGUUUAACAAAUUCUGGGACUAAAUGUUACACAUUGACUGAAUGUUUUGAGUGCUUACACGAAGUGUUAAAAUUAUGGCCUGGUCAACCUGAUCUCUUGGUAGAAAUUUUGGUAUUGAUAUUUCUUUUCUCAUUGAUAGGAUCUCCUCAAUGUUUAUCAGCAUGUGUUGAAGCAGAGGUAGCUCUUGCAUUAUCAUCUCACGACUGUGAUCUCCUCAGGUUUAUUGGUUUGACUGCUUUGACUUGUUUACAUGAGUUAGUUGAAAAACGAAACGUAGACAGUUUGAUGACACAUCAAUCUAGCUUUGUCUUUCAGCUUAUCACUUGUCAUCUUAACCUAGCUAGUGGUCGUAUUGUACUUAACAAGAUUUCCACACAGAAUGGUGGAAACAAGUUCAACAAUAAUAAUCAUGAUAUUUCUAGUGCUCUUGCAAUGGAUAGACAAAAACAGGCUAAAUGCGACGAUUAUGAGAUGAAGUUAGUCGAGAUUAUUCGGUGUAUACUACCAAGUUGUCUUAAAUUUGUUUAUAUAAAUAAUAAUUUAGAUAGCAAAUUUUCAAUGGAUGGUUUAAUCACAUUUUUACAAGCGUUUCGUGAAUUCACCUUUUUCACGUCAAAUUUCGAAACAUAUUUAUCUUGCAUUAAUAUUUGGUCUAGCGUAUUCGAAUCUCUUCAGUUUUCUACGUAUCAGUCAUCUGAUUGCUUACUAUCUAAUUCAAAUGUACAUAGAAUACUCAGUGAAUUCGGGAAUGCUUUAUUUUCUAGGCUUUUUUAUAGUGAAUCUUCGGCUUAUUUAGAUACAUUGGAUUAUGAUAUAUUCGAAAAUGAAAUGUUAUGUGUGUCUUAUCCCGCUAACAAUGAGAAUAGUUUGUUGUCCAUUGUUUUCCCAGAGGAAUUCCAUACAAAUAAUUGCCAAAACAAUGAACCGUGUGAAUAUGUAGUAUUUAUUCGUGAAAGUUUAUCAACAUUUCAUCAUUUAGUGUGUUUAUUACCUCACGAUUUUACUGUACUACUUUUUCAACGAUUUCAAUGCAUUUUAAAUGAAUAUACUUCACUGGUGAAUUCAACUGGUCUAUUGUCAGGUGUAUUUAAUUACCCCAAGGGUCAACCAGUCUAUCGUGUCCAUUGGAUCUUAAGAGAUUUUGCUUCAAUUGUACAGGUGAUUGGUUUUAUGUCUGAAAAGUUUUGCUGUGAAAAAUAUCAAGAAUAUGGUCAACAAAUUCUACGUGCUCUUAUGUAUUGUUUACGUUUAAAUAGUGUGAUUUUUCCCGCUCUUCACAAUAUUAACGAGCGUCUUAUACGACUGAGUUUUGUUGAAGUUAUUGUUCAGGUAUUUCUUGUGUGGCGUGCUUUAAUCGUAUCUGGUUCUAUUGGAUUUAUUACAGACUAUAUUAAUUUGUCACAUAAUAAAAUUUAUCUCUCAUCUACUGAAUGUGAACAUUUCUACUCAGAACUUAUGGAUAUCUUUCAAUCUUUCUUCAAACCACUUAAAGAUACCACCUUGUCCUCCUCCUCUACUCUAAUAUCUUCAAGAAUUAUAUAUAGUUGUACUCAAUUUUUCAACUGUUUAUUUACGUCAUCAUUUCGUGAUAUACGUCCACCGAGCUCAAUUAUAUUCAAUGUAAAUUCUAGGACUUUUGCCAUAUUUAACAGUAUAUUUGACUCUGUCUGUGAACAAAAGUGUCAAACAUCCAUUAAUUAUAAUAUAUUGAACUCCUUGGUAUCUUCAUUUCUAUUUUAUUUAACUUCUGAAAAUGAACCAACAUCUCAUUUAUCUAACUAUAAUAAUACUAAUGAUAAACAAAACAAAUGGAUCACCAUACGGGAUUCAUUGCUUAAUCGAUUAAUUGUACAAUUAUUUUUGCCUAAUUUAAAUCAGAACAAUUUUGAAAUUGCUCAAAAACAACAUAUUACUUAUUUAAGUCUACUUAAUCAUUCUAUAUUAUCUCUUGAAAAUGCUAAGAAUUCCACUCGUCAACUUGUUUAUACAAUACUUAUAAACUCAGGUCUAAUGGAUAAUCUAGUCAAUUGUUUAUUGAAUAAAAUUUUAAUAAAUAACUCUUAUUCAACAAAUAUGAAUUCAGAUUUAAAAAUAAGACUUUGUACAGCAUAUUUAAUAUUUUUAGCUACAUUUGUUCGUAUUUUAUCAAUUUCUAGUAAUUCUUUAUCAUCAAUACCACAAUUAAUUGGUCAAAUUAUUCAUUCAUUAUGUACAACUUCAUCAUUAAUGACUGUAUCAAAUUCUUUUUCAAUUCAUGUCAUUGGUCCAAUAAUUGAUAUAUUACUAUUGAUAACACAUCAGAAAAUAUUUUUACCAAUUUUAAAAGAUACAUUUGAGUUAUGUAUUUGUGUUUUUCUGCCUAUCUUGUCAACUAUUCCAAAUGCAGUCUAUACUGAUGAUGUACAAAUUAUACAUCAAUUAAUAAUGAAUGCUUGUGCAAAUAAUAGUCAAUUAAUACAACAAUUAUUUGGAUUAAUAUUUACCAUUUUAUCGAAUAAUUUUUCUUUCUUUUUUACUCGUAAUACUUCUGAUAUAAAUAUUAGCCCAACUAUUUCAUCACCAGUAAUGAAUAGAUCAAUUAUGUCACGUUAUUCUUUAAAUAAUCCGGAUAUAUUUCAUCGAGUUAUGUAUAUCUUUUCUGUUGUAUUACAUCCAGAACAAGUAAAUUCUAGCUUGGUUAAAUUUAUUAUUGAAAAACUAGUUCAUUUAAAUGCAUCGCAUAAAUUGUUUGAUUUAUAUGAUUUUAAUAAAUCAUGGUUAUCUGUAUUUACUACAUCUAUAUUCAAUCUAUUAAUUGAUAAUAAACAUAAUUCAUGUAAAGAUACAUUAACUGAAAGUGUAUAUUAUUUUGUUGUCUCGUUUACACACUUAUCUUGUCCUCAAAAUAGUAACGAUCCUAAUAGAAAUAACAAUAGUUCUAAUGAUCAUUGUACUAUCAAUAAUAAUAAUAAUAAUAACGAACAUCAAUCUAAUGGUUUAUUUCACUUUGUGCAACAUUUUCUUCCAUCAUAUUUGAAUACCGUAGGAAAUUUAGACAAUAGUCAACGUGACUCAAUUUUAUCCUGUUUCUAUGAUACAAAUCAAAGGGAAUUCUACACUAAAGAUAUUACAGUAUUUAAUCAUUGCAUAGAAUUACUCGUUUACAAUAUACGAUAUUAUCGUACCAUUAAUUUGGCGAUGACAACAGUUUCAUUGGCAAACUCUCAUACGUAGAUUUUCCAUUGUAUAUCCCAACAAUCUCUGGUAUUCUUCAGUCAUGGAGAAUUACAUUCACUUAGCCCCGUCAGUGAGUAUACUAUCGAAUUUCUCUAUCAUCCAUGUGCUGUUGAUCACUAAUCACUUGUUAUUUGUUCUGUGAGUACAAUAUUGUUCAGUGUUUAUGAGUUAUCUUAUUAAUUUCUUUAUUGAAAAGUUCAGUUUAUAAUCUUCACAUUUUAAUAAUGCAUUUCCUCAAUACACCUACACACACACACACACACUUCUAAAUGUAUUUUUCUACUGUUAGUUAUUUACACGUUUUGUUUUUGACAAAAACAAAAAAAAUUUUGCCUUUGAUUUUGUUUUACUCUGAUCAUAUUUUUCUUUCUAUUUAAUCUUUAUUUAAUUAUUAUUGUUAUCAUUAUCGUUACCAUUAUUAUUAUUAUUAUCGACCAAUUUAGUUGCUUGUGUUUUCUUGUGACCUGAGUCUUGUAACAUUGUUAGACAAUUAGUCAAGUUGUUUGCUUAUAUACUCAGUGAGGAAGACCAUAACAGAAACAAUAAUUGCGUUUAUACAUUCUUUCUCCUUAAUUCUGUAUUUUAUUAUUUGUUUGUUUGUUUGAUUAUUUUUUUCAUUAUAUAAAAUAAUUUUUCAUGAAACAUUGUUUAGUUUCACUAUUGUUGUUAUUGUUUAACGAUUAUAUAGCAUUCCAUGUGCAUAGGAUUUGUACAUUUUGUUGCUUUGAUAGUUUUUUAAACAUAGUAAUAUUGGUACGAUUGACUGAGUGAUUAGAUGAGUUAUCACCAUACAUUAUUUAUUUAUUUGAACACAUAAAUAUUGGUACAGAGGGGAACCGAAU